AGCUCUGCCCCCGCCAUCGUCAGACAUCUCCCUCCCGCUCCGAGGCACGGCCCCCCUCCCUGCUCCCUUCCUCCGCAGCAUCCGAAAUAGCCGUGGGCCUGCGCGUCCCUGGCGCCUGGCUCAAAAUAUCUCAAGUGGGCUGGCGGCAGGCGCCGAGGGAGCGGCGGAAGCCUGCGGACACCGGGUCUCUCGGCUGAGCCACAUCCUCCCCACGCUCCGGGGGAAAGCCCUGCUCCCCAAACCGCCCCCGGCCGGGGCCCAGCAGGAGCGGGGAGCGCGGGCCCGGGGAACGUGGGGUUGCCGGGGACGGCUCUGGGCACGGCGCUGCCGCGGCCGCCCCGCCCCUGCCACCACCGCCUCGCUGGCGGCUGGGACGGGCCGCCACAGUGCCCCAUGGCCACCGAGGCUCUCAGCCGGUGGCCCGGCAAUGCCAGCAGGGCCCUGUGCCCCGUGGACGCCGCCUUCGCCCAGCGCUUCUUGCCCGCCGUCUACCUGAUGGUGAUCCCCCUGGGGCUGGCAGGGAACGGGCUGGGGCUGUGGCACCUCUGCACGGGGCCUCGGCGCGGCACCCGCCAUCCCCUCGGCCUGCUGGUGGGCAACCUGGGCAUGGCCGACCUGCUGUACGUCAGCACGCUGCCCUUCCUCGUCAGCUACUACCUGCGGGGCAGAGCGUGGCUCUUCGGGCACAGCUGGUGCCGGAUCACCCGGGGCCUCUUCCACCUCAACCUCUACGCCAGCAUCGGUUUCCUCACCUGCAUCAGCGUCCACCGCUACCUGGGCAUCGUGCACCCGCUGAAGGCGCGGGGCAGGUACCAGGGGGCAACCUCUUCUGCCUGGCUCAGCGUGAUGGUCUGGCUGUGGGUCAUCGCACAGGUAGCUCCAGAUUUUGCCUUCAGCAAGAUGGACAACACGGGGACGCGGUGCCAUGACACGACGGAGCAUGAGAACUUGGGCGUUUACUUGCCGUACAACAUGGCCAUCACCAUGACUGGGUUCGUCAUCCCGUUCCUCAUCAUCAUCGGAUGCUACUGCCAUGUGGUGGUGGUGCUCUGCAGGAACGACACCAUGGACCUCAGCCUUAGAAGAAGAAGCAUCAGACUGGUGAUUCUCGUGAUGGUCCUCUUCUCCAUCUGCUUCCUCCCCUACCACAUCUUCAGAAACCUCAACUUGUUGUCUCGAGGCUGGCAGCUGCAAGGAUCCUGCACGCAGGCUUUAAAGAACAUCUACAUUUCUUACCAGGUGACCCGGGGCCUGGCCAGCUUCAACAGUGCCCUCAACCCCCUGAUCUACGUGAUGACCAGUGAAGACUGCAUGUCACGUAUGAGGACCAUCCGCCAAAGAGCCAGCCAGUCCCUGGGGUUCAACUCCAUCAGGAAAACUUCUUGCCAGACGGAUGAGAAGAAGAUGACCAUCAUUCUCUGUGAGGAGGAAGCUUCUGAUGAGCUCUGAGAUACCCCCUCCAAAGGACGGCACCACUUCAGUUUGCGCUUGGCCCCUUCUCGGGAGCAGCCCCCUCACCUUGAUGCCUGUUUUGCAGGGAGAUGGUGACUGCAGCAUCACUGGUUCUAAUCUCACACAAGGGACAGACAGGACUGCUGGCAUCAGAGAGCAAACUGGGACCAGGUUAUAGAGCAAAGCUACUCCACCCAACCAUCUUGCCUAUAGCACACCUGGAGAUGGAAAGAGAUGAACAUUGCAUUUACUCCAGUCCUGAAGUGUUUCUCAUUCCAGCCUCCAAUGCAGUCAUCCAAGCACAUCCUCCUGGCUCCCUGGAGGCUCAUUGAGCUCCUCGGUGAGUGAGGGAUGGGGGUGAACGAUGCUUUGUCCCCCCACUGCGUCCACUCCUCCGCAAUGGACGUGGGUUUGAGACAGGAUUCCAUCCUACACUCAAGAAGAGGGCACCAGUAAUUAACCACCUGUGUUGCAGAACAGCUGAGAGGAUGAAUUUUUGCAGAGGGAAGUGCUUUGGAAAUGGAAAUAUUAAUGAAAAUAUCAGGUUUUAAAAUAUAUGACUAAGCUGUGCCAGUUCCCGGGUUAGCUGUUCCUGGGUGACUGAGCUGCUUCAGGAUCCGUGUUAUCCUCUACUGCCCACCUCCUUCACAGAAGAAAAAAAGUAUUUUAGCAUUACUCACUCUUUUUUGGAAGAGCAUACAGCAGACAACAACUCGGCAUUUUAAAGUUUCUGGAGGCUGUUGGUUGGGGUUGGGUUUUUUGCAAGGCGAAUGACUGCAGUAGCCUGAACCACUGCUUUCAGCAGGCAAACCCCAGCAGAGUUUUGAAAUCUUCAGGUGGGUGGCAGCACCUUACUCUUGCAUCCAGCCUUGCGAGGGGAUUAGACAUGUCUAUUAAAAAUUAGACAUGUGAAAAAGAGAGAGGCAACACUGGUUUGAAGGCUUGUGAAGUCAAGAUUCAAUGGCGAGGGCAGCGCGUCUGUCACCGCCGAGGGGCUGUGGGGAUCUCCGCUUUGGGGGGGGGAAUAGUCGGUCCCAAGCGGCGUUUUGCUUUUCGCUCUUGGCGUUUCCCACCAUGAACAGCUUGAACGUUUCCGUCCGUGUGAAAGAAGCGACAUGAUUUGCAACAGCAGAUCUUGCAGCUCAGCUGAAGGAAGUCGAUUGCGAGUUAAAAUCUGUCGGGAAAGUGCUGACCCGCAGACGCUGCGCUCUUUGGACCAAAGCCCGGUAUUUAUCACGGUCAGCUGCUCCUCGCACGGACCCACCUUUGC